UAAAAUCUCUCUUUUCUCUCUCGCCACGCGCCAUCUCAAUCACGCUCAAGUGUGCGUAGCAGCCACGUAUAAAUUUCCCUCCCGACUCCCCCAACAUUUUCGACCUUUUUAUUAAAAAAAAUGAAAACAAAAGCCAGGUAACGGGCCCUUUCUUAACUUCGAACACUUUUUUUUUCCCAUCUUUUUGUAUUAUCUCGAGAAAUUUCUCUCUCCCAAUCCUAUUCCGAAGCUCUCUCUCUCUUUAAUUUGAAAUUCUCCGCUCCAUAAAACCCCCAAAAACAUAACAAAAGGAAAAAUCCACCCAUUUCCUUAUAAAAAUUUCCUCUUCUUCUCUUCUUCAUUUUUGGCCGCCGUCUGCCCUUUUUUUAAAGGAUUUGUUUUUUUUUUUUUUUUUUUUUGGAUUCAAAUGGGUUUUUGAGUUUGUAUUGAAGGCGGAUUUUCUGGGUUUUCUUGGUUGUAUUUUUUUUUCUUUGGAUUCAAAUGGGUUUUUGAGUUUGCAUUGAAGGUUAAGGUGGAUUUGAGAGAGAAAAGGGAAAGGAUUGAGGGUUUAAAAAAAUCUAGACUGAGCAUAGAUACUAGCAUGGCAUCUGCAAAUCCCUUUUUUGAUGACUUGCGGAUCAAGCCUGAGGUUAUUGAUCCUCCACAAAAUGAAGACAUUAUGGAUAGUGAAUCUGUGAAUGAUCCUACUCAAGCUGCUAUAAAACCUAAUGUGACGGUGUCUAGCAGUGUUCGUGAGCUGUUGGAGUGCCCUGUUUGCUUAAAUGCAAUGUACCCACCAAUUCAUCAGUGUUCAAAUGGACACACAUUGUGUUCUGGUUGCAAGCCAAGGGUGCACAACCGGUGCCCCACUUGCAGGCAUGAACUUGGUAAUAUUAGGUGUCUUGCAUUGGAGAAGGUUGCUGCAUCUCUCGAGCUUCCCUGUAAAUAUCAGAGUUUUGGGUGCAUCGGCAUAUAUCCAUAUUACAGCAAGCUAAAGCAUGAGUCACAAUGUUCUUAUAGACCAUAUAGCUGCCCCUAUGCUGGGUCAGAAUGCACUGUCAUUGGUGAUAUUCCUUAUCUUGUGUCCCAUCUGAAAGAUGAUCACAAAGUUGACAUGCACAAUGGCAGCACCUUCAACCAUCGUUAUGUCAAAUCAAAUCCACAUGAGGUUGAGAAUGCUACAUGGAUGCUAACGGUUUUCAGUUGCUUUGGUCAGUACUUUUGCUUGCAUUUUGAAGCCUUCCAAGUUGGGAUCUCUCCUGUUUAUAUUGCAUUCUUACGGUUUAUGGGUGAUGAUAAUGAGGCAAAGAACUAUAGCUACAGCCUUGAGGUGGGUGGGAACGGGAGGAAGAUGGUUUGGCAAGGGGUACCCAGGAGCAUAAGGGACAGUCAUCGAAAGGUUCGUGACAGUUUUGAUGGUCUCAUUAUCCAACGCAACAUGGCUUUGUUCUUCUCAGGUGGGGACCGGAAAGAAUUGAAGCUUAGAGUGACAGGAAGGAUAUGGAAAGAGCAGUGAUGGGAUUCUAUUUUGUUGUAAUAGCAAGUAGAUUGGUUUCUUUUGGUAGUUUUACCGGGUGUUCCGGUCAUGUAUUUUUUGGUUUAUAGGGGGCAAACUCUCUUUGCUUAUCCAUGCAUCAAAAACAUGAAUGGGAAGAUGUAACAUUUAUGCCUACAAAUCUAGUAUCUACCUAUAGUGAUUUUAGAUUGUCAUAUAUGCAGAUUUACAUCUUACAAAGUACCUUAUUUUUAUUCUCUUUGUUGCUGGUGAUGCUGAUUCUGAGCAAAUGUGCUUCCUAAUUAUCAGUAUUUAAUAGAAUUGGUGCCCAUGGGCCAUGGCAUGGCAUCUCUGGUAUUUUUAUGGCUACAAAUUUACCUACAGUAGCUGUUGAGCUGAAUGGAAUCUGCAUCAAACAGUGUAUUUUAA